CCAUUUUACGGUACACAUGCCCCAUAACCUUUAACAUUUAAAAUAUAUGAUGCAUAUACGUAAUUUUAGAUUAGAACUAAAAAGAAUUAUAUCAGUACCUGAAAUACGACAAGUUAUAAUAAGUAAUAUAGUUUUACAUCCAGCCGGUAAACGACUUCUAAUUCAAACCAGAGAUAGUAUUUUACGUAUGAUGGACUUACAUACGACGGCAAUCAUACAGUGGUUUAGGGGUGGUGUAAACAACAAAGUACAAACAGGAUGUGUAUUGAGUCCUUGUGGUAAUCUUGUGUUUGGCUGUGGCGAAGACGGACUAGUUAAUGUUUGGGAAGCGUAUACUGCUAAACAAUUGGCAUUUUAUACGAAUCGUCAAGAUUUAUCAGCUGCCACUAGUGGCGCAGUAGAUUACCAUCCACACGAUCAUAUGAUAGUAUUUGGGGUAUAUACUCAAAAUAAAAAUUCGCCAAUUUAUGUUGCUCAAUACACAAAAGAAAAUGAAACAGACAUUGGUUUGAGGUUUUUGAUUCCAAUAGAACAUAAACAAAAAGCUUUCGGGCAUAUUAAUCACCAGACAGCAGAAUAUGGAUAUUUAAAUAAAUUAAAAACAAAAGAACAUGAUAGUCAACGUAUGAUGCCACUAGUCAAUAUCAUUAAGAGAAUGGACAGUGUUUUAAAUUCAUUUAAGAUUAAAGAAUAACAAACAAUGCUGUGGUUGAGAGCCAAAUGCUGAUAUGUGAAAAAUUCAAUUUUGAGGUUUUACAUGUUAUGUGUGGUAAAUUAAGUAUUUUAUGGUUUUAUACAAUUUUUAAAUUGCUCUCCUAAAAAGUUGGAUUUUUUCACAUAUCAGCUUUUGGCUCUCAAUUAUGUAUCCAUGAAUUAUGGCCACGUACCGUUUCCGCCAACAUUUAAAAUGGCUGUUUUCAUUAUCACCCUUUCCCACCGAUUUAAAAAAGGUUUGAUUCCUGUUUCCGCCAAUAUACCUGCUAAACCUGCUUUGGUAAAAUUAUUAUACUUAUAUUUAAUAUUAUGUUUGGAAGAAAUUUUGCAUUUUCAUAUACCUACACUACGAAUUACACAUUUAC